AUGAAGUUGAAAUUGAAAGACCCUGCUGGAUUCACUAACAACAGAGGAAAAAUAUGGGUGAAUUGGAAAUGGAUUUAUAGGAAUAUAAUAAAUAACAAGAAGAGCGGGUCCAGUUGGGAUCUCUGCACAUAUGAGGAGUCCUCGAACAACUUGAGAAAACGACAACCGUAUGGACUCGGAUCGAAAGUACGUUCCAGGCAAGAGCCCCUCAUGUUCAUGGAAUACGGCGGUGUUGAACGCUACACAAGAUCAUCGUUUAAUCUCCACAAAGCUCACAGCUACUUGUCGAUAAAGGUGCCUGCAUUGCGAUCGAUUCAUGUGCUGAUCUACGGAAUGCGCCGCAUGAUGGCUCGAUUUCUCUUCCUCAAACGGAUACGUACGUUUGGUGUUGAACGGACAAAGAUAAACAACGAGAAAUAG